UAUACACAAUAUGAAUAAAAGAAAAGAUGGAAGGAAGAAGUUCCAUGAGACACGACACCCAAUAUACAAAGGAGUGAGACAAAGAAACGGAAAAUGGGUGUGUGAGUUACGACAUCCUAACAACAAAACUCGUCGUGUUUGGCUUGGAACAUUUUCUCACCCCGACAUGGCAGCUAAAGCUUAUGAUGUUGCAGCUUUAGCUUUUAGAGGUGAAGCUGCUUGCUUAAAUUUCCCUAACUCGGCUACUUCUUUGCCGCGUCUUGAUUCACAAACUUCUUCGAUUAGGUCGAUUCAGUUUGCCGCGAUGAAAGUGGGUGAAAAACAUUUCUUGUUGUGCGAGGACUCUGAGCCAUUCUCUGCUGAGACGGCUGAGAAUGAUUCAGAGUCGUUAGGUUGUGUUUGUGAUAUUAAUGUUUGCAUGGAGGGAGAUUCUGGGAGGUUGUUUUGGGAUGAGGAGGAGGUUUUCAAUAUGCCGGGUUUGAUAAACAGUAUGGCGGAAGGGUUGGUUAUGACACCACCGGCGUUGCAGAGAGGGUUCAAUUGGGUUGGUGGGGAAACUACCAUGGACUUGACUCUAUGGAAAAAUUGAUCAGCACUCCAAUUUCUAAACCCUAAACACACCUUCUUUACUAAUUAAUUAGAGUGGUAAAUACAGUGAUAUGUGUUACAAAAUUGAUAAUUUUACUAUAUAGAUAUCAACGCUGAAGAUUUUAUUAUGGAGAUUUUAGUCCUUUUUUCU